CUGUUCAUUUACGACGGAAGCUCGGGUGUUAACGGCAUUUCACUUUACGACAAACCUAGGCCUUCCGCUUAUAUCCGUGCAGAGCGCUUGUUGUUCUUUACGCAACACGUUUAGCAUUCAUAUCGCUUAAAGAGGGCUCAAAACCCGCUCUAAUACACAAUGGGAAUAGAGGAGGAAACGGACCGGACGCUGUUCAUCAGGAAUCUGGAUCAGAGCGUGACAGAGGAGCUUCUGUUCGAGCUGUUUGUGCAGGCAGGACCUCUCAUCAAAACGAAAAUCCCCAAAGACGCGGAUGGGAAACAGAAAACAUUUGGUUUUGCCGUUUACAAACAUGAAGUGUCUGCUCCGUAUGCCAUGCAGCUACUGAACGGGACGACAGUGCACGGGAGGACCAUUCACGUGCAGUUCAGAUCAGGUAGCAGUCAUAGCAGCAGUCCAGGGAACUCGCAGAACACAAGUCCUGCAAAUACCCCGAAUCCGCAUGGCCAGAGGACCCCGAUCCAGUUCAGUUCUCCACCAUAUACUCCUCCUCCCCAAAUGCAGCGGUCCCUUUCAUCUCCCGAUAAUCUGCAGAAACAUGUCGUGAUGAACAACAUGAUGUGGCUCCACAUGCAGCAGCUUGAUCAGUUGAACGGCGGCUUCUCCAAGCCUCUGCAGAGGCAGCUGCCUGCAGGUGGAAAUUCUGGCGGAGGUGGCUCAAGGCAACACGACAACAGCCCCUACCGGCACCCGUCCCAGAUGAACAGCGGCGGCAGAAAUCAGCGCCACUCAGACGAACCAGCUCCUCCCGGCCGUCAUCAGCAACACGGCCAGAGCCGGAACAACUAUCACCAUCAGAACGACAGGAGCGGCAACCGUCACCAAGACAACAGAGGUGGCAACAGACAUCACGACGAUAAGGGUAGCAACCGUGGCUACCAAGAUAAUAGAUGGCGACGAUACUGAGAAAUAUAAAAGGACUUCUGUAAAGACUUCAGUUCUUCACACGUUUGUGGACAGCUUACUAAAAAAAAAAAAAAAAAGAUCAUGAAUUAUGUUGACAAAUUCACAUGUAUACUCAGGUAUUCACAGGCGGUUUGUACAUGAUCCUACCAAUUACAAGAUUUGAUAACUUAUGCCUUAGAGACAUUUUUGUUUUUACUUUUAAGGCGUUUUUAAAUUUGUACACUUCUUUCAUGUGAGUUUUUCCUCACAAUUGUCGCAAUUCUUUUGAGCUGUAUUGAAGAGAACAAGGGAAAAAAAAAUCAGACAUGUAAUCAUUUUGGAAGAAAAAAAAAACAUGUAUUUAAAAAAAAAGAUUUAGAAUAUUGGCAAGUUUUUAUGUUAUGCAAAAAGUAUUUAAAUGGUGCUCCCAGCAAAUGUUCAGGUACUUUGCAAAAAAAGAACCCAAUUUUCAGCUAAAGAUUCCACCAGCACCACUUUUACGGCAAUAGGGCACCAUCCUUUCUUAAUUGACCUUGCUCUUUCUAGAAAACAGGCUUUAUUUUAUUUUUUUAUUCUCAGUCUGUAAAACGAACUGUUUUAAAAAUGGAACAUUUUCAUUAUUAUAAAGCUCCUUUCAUUUGA